AUUACCGCGUACACUUGAACUGUUGCCUACUAUUAUAUUUUAUUGAUUAUUGAUGUGUUCACACAAGUAUAAUUAGUCCUCCUGUCACUAGAUGGCAGCACAUCACUGAAAUGUGUUCUCUAUAGUAUCGUGCCCAUGACAACAUGCCAAACUACCAGUCCAACUGAGCCAGGCAGGCUUACGCAUGCGCACCACCGUCCCGUCAGCUGCAGCAGCAGGAAGGUCGGGGCAGGCCGGUAGCAGCAGCCAGCGUGCUCUCCGCUCCGUGGGAAGAAGGGAAACAGCGGCCUCCGGUUGAAGUGGAAAAAUGCACGUACGGGAGUUAUGGACGGUGCUCUGCGCCCUGUGCCUGGGCUGGGUGCGGGGAGCUGAUGACAUCGUGGUAGGCUGCGGGGGAUUCGUAAAAUCUGACGUGGAUAUUAACUAUUCUCUGAUUGAGAUUAAGUUGUACACCAAGCAAGGCACAUUGAAAUACCAGACAGACUGUGCUCCUAAUAAUGGAUAUUUUAUGAUUCCUCUUUAUGACAAGGGGGAUUUUGUUCUUAAGAUUGAGCCUCCCCUAGGGUGGAGUUUUGAGCCAGCAAGUGUUCCCCUUCAUGUGGAUGGAGUAAAUGACAUUUGUACAAAAGGAGAAGAUGUCAACUUUGUUUUUACUGGAUUUUCCGUCAAUGGAAAGGUACUCAGCCGAAACCAGAAUUUGGGUCCUGUUGGAGUUCAGGUUGCAAUGAGAAGAGUUGGGAGUGGAGUGAACCUACAGACAACAGUUACUCAAACAGGAGGAAAGUUUUUCUUUAAUAAAGUCCUCCCUGGAGAAUAUGAAAUUGUUGCAUCUCACCCCACUUGGACUUUGAAAGAGGCAACAACAGUUGUUCAGGUGACGCAAUCAAAUGCACAUGCAGCAAACCCUCUUAUUGUUGCUGGCUAUGAUGUCUUGGGCUCUGUUCGGAGUGAUGGGGAACCAAUGAAAGGUGUAAUGUUUCUGCUGUUCUCAUCAUCCAUCACAAGAGAGGAUAUUUUGGGCUGCAACCUGUCACCAGUAGAGGGCUUUGAAGGGAAAGAUGAAUCUGUUUCCUACCUGUGUCAUGCCGUAUCCAAAGAAGAUGGAUCUUUUAUAUUCCAGACACUGCCAAGUGGGGAUUACAGUGUGAUCCCGUUUUACAGAGGGGAGAGAAUUACAUUUGAUGUUGCUCCCUCCAGGCUGGAUUUCACUGUGGAACACGACAGCCUCAAAUUAGAGCCUGUCUUUCAUGUGAUGGGUUUCUCUGUUACUGGUCGGGUUUUGAAUGGGCCGGAAGGUGAAGGAGUUGUUGAUGCAGUCGUUACACUCAACAAUCAGAUGAAAGUUAUAACAAAUACCGAUGGGUCAUUCCGUUUGGAAAACAUGACCGCGGGUACAUACAGUAUUGAUGCUCAGAAAGAACAUAUAUACUUUGAUACACUCACUGUGAAGAUCGCGCCAAACACUCCACAGCUUGCAGACAUCGUAGCAGCAAGAUUUAGUUUGUGUGGAGAAAUUUCCAUCACACAUUUUCCUGACAGUAUAAAAGCGAUGAGCAGAUAUAAAGUUACUCUAACACCACAAGACAGGGAACGGACAGCUGUCCUGACAACAGAGUCCGAUGCUCAAGGAGCCUUCUGCUUCCAAGCUAGAAGAGGAUCCUACAACAUACAGGUUUUCAUACCAGAAGCUGAGGUGAAAGCUGGCCUUGCAUUAAAACCGGCUGUGUACCCAGUGACUGUAACAGACAAACCUGUUAUGGAUGUGUCCUUUCUACAGUUCACUGCAUCUGUUUCUGGCAAAGUGUCCUGCCUAGAUGCCUGCGGGGACCUGACUGUAACAUUGCAGUCCAUGAGCCGGCAGAGAGAUAAGCGCACCCUGCAGGUUUCCAGCAAGACAGAAGGUGUGACUUUCACUUAUGAGGACAUUUUACCUGGCAGGUAUAAAGCGAGCAUCAUCCAGGAAGACUGGUGCUGGAAGAAUAAAUCUCUGGAGUUUGAAGUCACGGACGAGGACAUUGUUGGCAUAGAGUUCAGACAGACUGGAUACAUGUUGCGAUGCUCCCUUUCACAUGGCAUAACACUGGAGUUUUACCAGGAUGGGAAUGCACCUGAGCAUGUUGGGGUUUAUAACCUAACAAAAGGAAUCAACAGAUUCUGCCUUUCAAAACCAGGUGUCUACAAAGUCACCCCGAGAUCUUGCCAUCGGUUUGAACACUCUCAUUACACUUACGAUACGUCUUCACCCAGUAUACUUACUCUGACGGCUAUGCGACAUCAUGUCCUGGGAGCCAUAACAGCUGAUAAACUAAUGGAUGUGACCGUUACUAUUAAAUCUUCCAUAGAUAGUGAGCCAGCCCUUGUGUUAGGACCAUUAAAGUCUAUUGAAGAGACACGUAGAGAGCAACAGCUGGCAGAGAUUGAGCUUCGCAGGCUGGAGAGAGAGAAAGCUGGAGCAGAAGAUGCGGAGAUACGACCGCCCACUCAGGAAGUUGUAGAGGAACUUCAGGGGCCAUUUACAUAUGAAUUUUCCUAUUGGGCAAGAUCUGGUGAAAAGCUCACCGUGACGCCUUCAUCUAAAGAGCUUCUCUUCUACCCGCCCUCUGUCGAGGCUGUUGUCAGUGGAGAGAGCUGCCCAGGAAAGUUAAUAGAAAUCCAUGGAAAAGCUGGUUUGUUUCUUGAAGGACAGAUACAGCCAGAAUUAGAAGGUGUUGAAAUUGUAAUCAGUGAGAGAGGAGCAGCUUCACCUCUCAUAACAGUAUUUACUGAUGAUAAAGGGUCAUACAGUGUGGGACCUUUACACAGCGACCUGGAGUACACCGUUUCUGCUCAGAAAGAAGGCUUUGUUUUGACUGCGAUUGAUGGAACAGUAGGAGGCUUCAAUGCUUUUGCCCUUGCUGGAGUUACAUUUGAGAUCCGAUCAGAAGAUGAUCAGCCUCUAGCUGGAGUUCUCCUGUCUCUCAGUGGUGGAAUGUUUCGCUCAAACCUUCUUACCCACGACAAUGGGAUGUUAACAUUCUCAAACCUGAGUCCUGGGCAGUAUUAUUUUAAGCCCAUGAUGAAGGAAUUUCGCUUUGAGCCUUCUUCCCAGAUGAUAGAGGCACAAGAGGGACAGAAUUUAAAGAUUCAAAUCACUGGCUACAGGACGGCUUACAGUUGUUAUGGAACAGUGUUCUCUUUAAAUGGUGAACCAGAGCAAGGAGUGUCAGUGGAAGCCAUGGGACAGAACGAUUGUUCUAUCUAUGGUGAAGACACAGUCACAGACGAGGAGGGGAAAUUCAGACUUCGCGGGUUAAGGCCAGGAUGUCUUUACCAUGUGCAGUUGAAAUCUGAGGGAAAUGAUCAUAUUGAGCGUGCGCUGCCACCAUAUCGUGCAAUAGAGGUUGGCAGCAAUGAUAUAGAUGAUGUCAACAUUAUUGCCUUCCGUCAAAUCAACCAGUUUGACUUAAGUGGAAAUGUGAUUACUUCACCUGAGCACCUGUCUACCUUACUGGUAAAGCUCUAUAAAAGUGACAACUUGGACAACCCAAUACAGUCAGUGUCUCUGGGACAAUCUCUGUUUUUCCACUUUCCCCCUCUGCUCCGAGAUGGAGAGACGUAUGUUGUGCAGCUGGAUUCCACCCUACCCAAGUCUCAGUAUGACUACACCCUGCCCCAGAUUUCCUUCAGCACGCAGGGAUACCACAAACACAUCACUCUGACAUUCAACCCUACGAGAAAACUACCUGAGCAAGAUGUUGUCCAGGGCUCAUAUCUUGCACUUCCUUUGACCCUGCUGCUGUUAUUUGCCGGUUACAAGUAUGACAAGUUGGUUCCCCUGCUGCUGCAGCUGACAAGUCGUCUGCAAGGAGUACGGGCACUUGGACAGACAGGAGUUGACACUGGCAACCCAGAGGAUGCAAAGAGACUUCAAAAAAGACAAAAGACACGGCGGACGUAAAGAAAAGGCAUCAUGGUGUGAAGUGACAUUGACGUCAUGCCUGGACCCUUGGGACAUGUUAUGGAAAUGCUCCUUAGUUUGGAAGAAACUACAGACUAUAAAUACAGAUUUACUAAAGCACAUCAUCUCCCCUUCCCCCUUUUUUUUUUCUUAAUAAAAUUUGUUUUGUACAUUUGGGGUGUAAAUAAACAUUCUGCAGCCUGAUUUAUUUCGCAAAUGAAAAUUGACCACUUUUUUGUAAUUUUUUUCCACUGGAAAUAAUUUAUUUUUCGUUAUCUCUGAAAUAUUUGAUGACUGUUGAGACUAACACAAAUUCAUUUAUCUGCAUUACUGAUUUCCCAAGGAAGCUAAAUAAAAAGUGCUUUGUUUUGCCUUUUUA